AUGGCCGGGGACGUGUCUCGGAUUCCAGAGAGCACAGUCACCGAUGCCGAGCGCUGUCACCCCCGUCGCUCCCUGCCUCCGAGCGAGAAACCCGUCACCCCUGCCAACGCCGGCCUCCCGCCGCCGCCGGCCGUCCUCGCCCAGGCCCCACGACUGCCUGGUUGGCAGCAGGUCCCCGAGGGACACAACGGCACGGAAUCCUCACGCCGGCAGCCCCGGCAGGGAAGGCAGAAUCCUCUGUUCUGCUGGAGGGGUUCCUGCAGAGCCCUCCUUUUUCCCCCCCCCGGGGCUUUGCACCCCCAUUGUCCCACUGCACCCAAGCACUGGGCACAGCCCGAGCCUGCCGCUGGGACAGCCCUGCUUGGGCUCCCGUUCCCCAUCCCCUCCUCUGCCAGCCAAGGGAGCCCUUCCCACCCCAAGGGUGCCCUCUCCCCAGGUGUCCCCACAGCCCAGCCGGCAGCGGGUGGCCGAGCCGGUGUCACAGAGCUUCUCUUUCCUCUUCCAGGCCAGUCGUGGAAGGCGCUGAGCGCCAGCGACAAGCGUCCCUUCGUGGAAGAGGCAGAGAGGCUGCGAAUCCAGCAUCUCCAGGAUCACCCCAACUACAAGUACCGCCCAAGGAGAAAGAAGCAAGCCAAGAAAAUCAAGAGGAUGGAACCCAAUAUCCUCCUGCAUAACCUUUCCCAGCCUUGCAGUGACAACUUCAGCAUGAGUCACCAUGGCGGCAGCCAGCCGGGCCACCCCCAGCCUCCCCCACUUAACCACUUCAGAGAACUCCACUCCAUGGGGUCGGAUAUUGAAAACUAUGGCUUGCCAACUCCUGAGAUGUCUCCCUUGGAUGUCUUGGAACAGACCGAGCCGGCGUUUUUCCCUCCGCACAUGCAGGAUGACUGCAACAUGAUGCCCUUUCGAGGCUACCACCACCAUCACCAGAUGGAGUUUCCCCAGGAGAAGUGCAUGGGGCGGGACGUGGCGGUGCCCUACGCGCAGACCCCCUCGCACUUGGCCGACGCCAUGAGGACUCCCCAUCCCUCCAGCAUAUACUACAACCAGAUGUGCUCGGGAACUCAGAACGGGCUUUCCGCCCACCUGGGCCAGCUCUCGCCCCCACCCGAAGCCCACCACAUGGAGAGCGUGGAUCACUUGAACCAAACCGAGCUCUGGACAGACGUUGACCGCAACGAGUUUGACCAGUAUUUGAACAUGAGCAGGACUCGUCCCGAAGCCUCGGGACUCCCUUACCAUGUCUCCCUGUCCAAAGUGACUCCUAGGAGCAUCUCCUGCGAGGAGAGCAGCUUGAUAUCCGCCCUGUCCGAUGCCAGCAGCGCUGUUUACUAUAGCCCCUGCAUCACCGGUUACGUUUUGCCAGCCCGGCGGUGCGUGAGCAUAUACUACAACCAGAUGUGCUCGGGAACUCAGAACGGGCUUUCCGCCCACCUGGGCCAGCUCUCGCCCCCACCCGAAGCCCACCACAUGGAGAGCGUGGAUCACUUGAACCAAACCGAGCUCUGGACAGACGUUGACCGCAACGAGUUUGACCAGUAUUUGAACAUGAGCAGGACUCGUCCCGAAGCCUCGGGACUCCCUUACCAUGUCUCCCUGUCCAAAGUGACUCCUAGGAGCAUCUCCUGCGAGGAGAGCAGCUUGAUAUCCGCCCUGUCCGAUGCCAGCAGCGCUGUUUACUAUAGCCCCUGCAUCACCGGUUAGGUUGGCCCCACCGCCCGAUGCUCUCGCCGGGAGAGCCCCGUCUCUCCCCUUAAAAAAAUAAAAACCAAAAAAGCCAUCCUCCUUUAACCACGAGCUCCAUAAUAUUUAGAGUAUCUCAUUAAAUGCAUCGCUUUUUUUGUUCGUUUUUUUGGUUUCGUUUGUGUUUUUUUUUAAUUUUUUUUAAAUUUUUUUUUAAUUUUUGUUUUUGUUUUUGUUUUCUAGAGGAAAAAAAAAAUAAACCAUGCUGAACUCACUGAUAUACCGUAUAACUAUAUAACACAGAUAGAUGCCUUUCCCCAGCACUAGCCUGCCUGCCGCGCUCCCCGCUCCAGCCCCCGGCAGGGCACAGCUCCAGCUCCCACCAGCUCCGAGGGGCAUCAUGAAGCCUGUUCCAGUAAAUCCUGCCCAAAACAACCACCGCCAGGACCAGCCAAACCUGCCCCCCCAGUAUUUAACCCAAGGGCAGGAGAACUUGUGGAGGUGGGGGGAGAAACUUUUAAGGAAGACUUUGCCGGGGCCGUUAAAGAGUCGGCGCCUGUUAGGGGUGGGCUUUAGGACAGUUUUUACUGUAUUCUCAGCAAUAUAUUUUAAUUGGGCAACAAAACUAUAUUUUUACUAAGCAUUUUUAUAUAUAAAAUGGUAUUUAAUGUCUUCUGGGUUUGUUUUUUUUAUUAGACUUUUUAAAAAUAAAUCAAGGGAUAUCCAUGAGAUCUAAAGCAUUUAUGUAGCAAAGCUGGAUUUAAAGAAACAAAAAAAAAAGUGGGGGGGGGGAACAGGAGAUAUUUUGUGAAAAGGGAAUGACAAUGUAAAUAUUGUGGAACAAUUGACUGGAAUUUUGUACAAAAGAAAAAUAUGACUGCAAACACUUUUAUUGUCUAGAACUGUAUGGAGAGCAAACUGUUUUAUACUGGUUAAUUAUUAAAACAUCUUCAUAUAAUUGUUCCCA